AUGGCCGGCGGCCGGAGGGGGCUCGUGGCCCCGCAAAACACUUUUCUGGAGAAUAUAGUGAGGAGAUCAAACGUUUGGACAUUAUCACAUAGACAGACAGAUACAAACUUUGUGCUGGGAAAUGCUCAGAUCGUGGACUGGCCCAUUGUCUACAGUAAUGAUGGAUUCUGCAAGCUGUCUGGAUACCACCGGGCUGAGGUCAUGCAGAAGAGCAGCACCUGCAGUUUUAUGUACGGUGAGCUCACAGACAGAGAAACAACGGAGAAGGUGCGAUUAACAUUCGAGAACUACGAGAUAAACUCAUUUGAGAUCCUAAUGUACAAAAAGAAUAGAACACCAGUGUGGUUCUUUGUGAAAAUCGCUCCCAUACGGAAUGAACAGGAGAAGGUGGUUCUUUUUCUGUGCACUUUUAAUGACAUCACAGCCUUUAAACAGCCCAUUGAAGAUGAAUCCUAUAAAGGUUGGGGUAAAUUUGCACGCCUAACCAGAGCUCUGACCAGCAGUCGAGGCGUCCUCCAGCAGCUCCAGCCCACAGUCCACAAAGGAGAAAAUGUUCAUAAACACUCGCGUCUGACUGAGGUGUUGCAGCUCGGCUCAGAAAUCCUGCCUCAAUAUAAACAGGAGACGCCAAAGACCCCACCACACAUCAUCCUACACUACUGCGCCUUCAAGACCACAUGGGACUGGGUGAUCCUUAUACUCACCUUCUACACAGCCAUCAUGGUCCCCUACAAUGUCUCGUUCAAGACCAAGCAGAACAACGUGGCGUGGCUAGUGGUGGACAGCGUAGUGGACGUUAUCUUCCUGGUGGACAUUGUCCUCAACUUCCACACAACAUUCGUAGGACCAGCUGGUGAGGUCAUCUCUGACCCCAAGCUGAUACGCAUGAACUACUUGAAGACGUGGUUCGUCAUUGACCUGCUCUCCUGCCUCCCCUAUGAUGUCAUCAAUGCCUUUGAGAACGUUGAUGAGGGCAUCAGCAGUUUGUUCAGCUCUCUGAAGGUGGUGCGUCUGCUACGUCUGGGCCGAGUGGCACGUAAACUGGAUCACUAUAUUGAGUAUGGUGCUGCCGUGCUCGUGCUCUUGGUGUGUGUGUUCGGGCUCGCUGCCCACUGGCUGGCGUGUAUCUGGUACAGUAUCGGAGACUACGAAAUCAUUGAUGAGGAGACAAAUGUGGCACGUAAAGACAGUUGGCUGUACAUGCUGGGAGAGACGGCAGGCACACCGUACCGCUUUAAUGCCACGGGCACAGGUAGGUGGGAGGGUGGCCCCAGCAAGGACUCAGUCUACAUCACCUCACUGUACUUCACCAUGACCAGUCUGACCAGCAUUGGCUUCGGCAACAUUGCCCCCACCACUGAUGGAGAGAAGAUCUUUGCUGUGGCUAUGAUGAUGAUUGGAUCUCUCCUCUAUGCCACCAUCUUUGGUAACGUGACCACGAUCUUUCAGCAGAUGUAUGCUAACACUAACCGGUAUCAUGAGAUGCUGAACAGCGUGCGAGAUUUCCUCAAACUCUACCAGGUUCCUAAAGGCCUGAGUGAGAGAGUGAUGGACUAUAUCGCCUCCACCUGGUCCAUGUCCAGGGGCAUCGACACAGACAAGGUCCUCCAGAUCUGUCCUAAGGACAUGCGAGCUGAUAUCUGUGUGCACCUGAACAGGAAGGUGUUUAAGGAACAUCCUGCGUUCCGAUUGGCCAGCGAUGGAUGUCUACGCGCACUUGCCAUGGAGUUCCAGACCAUCCACUGUGCUCCAGGGGACCUGAUCUACCACGCAGGAGAGAGUGUCGAUACGCUGUGCUUCGUCGUCUCAGGGUCACUCGAGGUCAUCCAGGAUGAUGAGGUGGUCGCCAUACUGGGAAAAGGUGACGUGUUCGGAGAUGUCUUCUGGAGGGAGGUGACUUUAGCACAGUCGUGUGCUAAUGUGCGAGCGCUAACCUACUGUGACUUACACGUCAUUAAACGUGAUGCACUGCAGAAAGUCUUGGAAUUUUAUACAGCUUUCUCCAACCACUUCUCACGCAACCUGCUGCUGACCUACAACCUCCGCAAACGGAUUGUUUUUAGGAAAAUCAGUGAUGUGAAGCGUGAGGAAGAGGAGCGGCUAAAGAGGAAGAACGAGGCACCGCUUGACCUACCCCCAGAUCAUCCGGUGCGACGCUUGUUCCAGCGCUUUAGGCAGCAAAAAGAGGCGCGGCUGGCUGCGGAACGGACCAAUCGUGAUGAACUAGAUGUAGAGAAAGGCACUGUCCACAAUGACAUUAUCACACAUGACCCUGUGGCCACCACCAGCAUUGUAACAGUCACUGAGAGCCCGGCCACGCCCAUUCCCUCAAGCUCUAGGCCCGGUCAUGUGCGAAAUCGAUCGGAUCGGGAUAAACUGCAAGCACCUAACGCACUUGGAGUUCUCCGGGCAACAGAGAGCCGUGGCGCUCGGGGAUGGGCUCGUUUCAGGGAGAGCAGGGCCCAACCUGAGCGCUGGGCUAAUGUAGCUAAAGCCGAAUCCAUGGAAACUCUUCCCGAGCGUGGCUGCAAAUCGGCCGAACCCGGGAAUCUGAAAAAGACAGAUUCUUGUGACAGUGGCUUUACCAAAAGUGACCUGAGACUGGAUGAAGGUGAUGGAGCUAGAACACCUACAGACCGCAGUCCGGUCAGUCAGCUGGACAAAAAGCUAGCACUUGUCGUCCCACCCAUCCCCGAAUAUACGUUUCAUAGCACGAUGCUCGAUUUGCGUGCUGAGCUCAGGGCCGAGUUAUCGUCACUCGGGAGUCGCAUGAGUGCACUAGAGGUGCAACUGGCUGAAGUGCUGCAGCUGCUUCGGGCCAGAAACGCUUCAACAAGACACACUCCUCCGUUAUUUAACAUCUCACAUCCUGCAUCACCUGACUCAGACAAAGAGGACAUUUUCUGCUAAAGGUACAUGUGGUGAAAGAUGUUUUUACUGUUAUAGGGAGAUAAGAAUAUAAUUUUUUACUAAAUAAAUGCAUCUUAAAACUGAGCCCAAAGCUUUCAUU